AUGCAGGAAGGGCCAUGGACCAACGCCGCUGCAGAGGAUGUGGAGCAACAUGCGUCAUGUGCAAAGGUGCUGGUGAAUGGUGAGUUCCUGCUCUGGUGGGCCUUGUUCUACGGCUGCCCGGCUGAGAUCGCUCUGUGCUUGCUCAAGCACAAUCCCGAUGCGGCAACGCGACCACGGCCCAGCAGUGCUGAGCCGGUGUUCCUGGCCUUGGCUUCUGGCCACAGUCUUGCAGUCUUUGAUGCCCUGCUAGCUCUCGCUCAGCCGCAACAAGCCCUGAGAUCCAACUUGCGCCCCUCCCUGCAGCUUUUGCAAAAGCUGGGACACACUGGCGUAGCGCAAGCCUGCAAGACACGUCCUUUUGCGGAUGCGGAUGGCCUACUGCAUGUUUGCCUCCGACUUGGCGCGCCGGAAGCGCUGCUGGAAAGGCUGGUGGAGAUCAGGCCGGAUCUGGUUACGUCCGCCACAUUGUUGGAAGCGCUACAGCGGCCCACGUGCUCCGUGAAGUCCGCGAAGCUGUGGCGGCGAUUGGCAGAACUGGAGCCUUCAGGAAAGCUUGUCGCCCUGAGGGCUAUUCGGCGAACUGUUGGAUCACCGAUGUUGGAGCGCACAGCCCAGGCGCCCUGUUAUGCCCAUGGCGAUGCAACGUAUGAUCCUUGGGCCAACCAGGAUCCUUGGGCUGUUCAUCAGAUGUACCCUGUCCCGGCCCCCCCCCUUCCCCCCAUCGCAGUCCUUAAUUCUGGGCACACAGGCGAGACCCCCAGCCCAAUCUCCCACGACGUGCGGUCAGCAUUUCUUGCAGAGUUUGGAUUGACCACAAGCCACGAGGAGGAGUCGCAGAUGGAGAUGCGGGAAAUGCUGGAGGAGGAGCUGGACAGAGGACCCUCAGCGCGGCCCGCGGAGGUGCGACGCCUACUCCAGAAGCUUGCCGGCGCUGCGCAGCACCCCAUUGCAGCCCAGCAGAAUCCUGGCAAGGGAGGAAAGGGAGGUCUAGGCAAAGGAGGCAAGGGCCAAACACAUGGUCCCGUUUAUCCUGCCCAGAUGGCUGCAGUCAACAGCUGUCCUGCAGCAGUCACAAGAAUGCUCUUCGCGCAGUGGCCUGAGGUCGCAAGGUGCCCUAUACCCAUGGAACUGGGACACGUGAUGAGACUCCGACGCCACACCUUCAGCACCUCGAAUCCGACAUACUUGAACCAUCUCCUCACGCACGAUGUGCAACACUCAUUGUCAGAAAGCCGGCACGGGCUGGACGCGGUGCUGAACAAGGAGCUCGUGCUUGCUGCCCAGGAGGUGGUGAUGUUUGCUCCUGAAUUAGUUCAGUCCUCCGCUUGUGCUCAGCUCUUGGAGCGUUGUCCCUCGGACGAGAAGUGGUUAGCAGUCAAGGAAUUCUGGCUUGGCUUGUGGCAGAGCGUGGAAGCAACGGAAGCCGUUUCAGAGUCUUGCUUCCAGGCGCUUGUUAACCGCACCAGCAACAACAGGCUGCAGCUCUGCCGAGAUACACUGCCCGUCAUCUGUCGCAAGAAUCCUCGGUGGCUUGUGGAAGGUCCCAGGCCGCACGCCUGGUUAUGCCACUUCCUGGCUGAAGCAGGCAGAAGCAAGCAGGAAGUUAUGCUCCCUGAGCGGGAUUGGGCGCGCGAGCGCCUGCUGCACAUGGCGCAUGCCGUGCUCGAAAACCUCAGGAAUCGCAAUGGUCAGGGUCUGGGAAACCUGUAG